CGUAGCACAGAUGAUCAAAGAAUAGAUCAUCAAACUAAUUAUUAAGUGUGUUUGCUGCUUCAAUUUUCAUUGUCUUCUUCUAGUUAGUCUCUCCAAUCCCGGAGUUGCUUUGCUCUCAGUACUGCAUCCAUCAAAUUCUCUCUCUGAUCAUGGCUGGAGGAGAUCAUCACAGAUCAAAGGGACUCGGCAAAUCAUGCAUUCUCUUAAUAGUGAUAUCUGGUAUGGAGAGGUUCGCAUACAAAGGGGUAGCAUCAAAUCUGGUGACAUAUCUGACAGAUGUGGUGAAGAUGAGCAACUCUUCUGCGGCCAAGGCGGUCAACAGCUGGUGUGGUUUUACGUCCAUGCUGCCACUGCUAGUGGCACCCCUUGCUGACUCUUAUUGGGAUCGCUAUUCCACCAUUUUGGCCUCUUCUUUCCUCUAUGUUAUGGGUCUUGCGGCAUUGACAUCAACAACAUGGGCAUGGGCAUGGUCCUCUGCAAGCAAAAGUACAAGGUCUUAUUCGUUUCUCUUUUGGUCUCUAUACUUGGUUUCAAUAGGCCAAGGUGGAUAUAACCCAUCUUUGCAAGCCUUUGGAGCAGAUCAACUUGAUGAACAUGAUGAUGAUCAAGAUCAGGAAUUGCCCUGUAUUAAAGACGAGAACAAGUCUAAUAAAAAGGGUUUAUUCUUCCAGUGGUGGUAUUUUGGUGUUUGUAGUGGAAGCCUCACGGGGGUCACUUUUAUGUCCUACAUUCAAGAUACAUUUGGUUGGGUUCUGGGAUUUGCUAUUCCCACCAUAGCAAUGGUACUAUCCGUUGCAUUUUUCUCUUGUGGAAGCCGGAUGUAUAUUUAUACACAUAAACGGGAUGAUGCUAUCCAUAAUAAUAAGCCAUUUGAUAGCAUAGUUCGAGCUUUCAAAGCAACCAAGUCAAAGUUUAUGACUAGUGGAAUCACCUUAUCAAAUUACAGUUCUGAUCAAAAGGUCGAGCUAGAGCUUCAAGAGAAACCUCUUUGUCGUGAAGAGUUUGACAGCAUAGAAUUAGUCUUGGAAGAGAACCCCAGAAACGGUGCAUAUAUGCUUCAAAAUACGAAAGUAGUGCUCCGGCUUCUGCCCAUAUGGACAAUGCUUCUGAUGUUUGCUGUAAUUUUUCAACAACCCGCAACUUUCUUUACUAAACAAGGAAUGACAAUGAAGAGGAACAUUGGCAGGUUCAAUCCCCCAGCUACUCUACAGAGUGCUAUUACAUUGUCUAUAAUUCUCCUAAUGCCUUUAUACGACAAAGUUUUGAUCCCAAUUGCACGGCUGAUAACUUGUGAUCCAAAAGGUAUCAGUGUAAUGAAAAGAAUGGGAAUAGGGAUGUUUCUGUCCAUCAUCGCCAUGGUCAUCGCAGCAGUGGUCGAAAUGAAGAGGUUAGAGAUCAGCAGAAAGAUGGGAGAUCUUGAUUCAGAAUCUGCAGAAACAGUGCCACUAAGCAUCUUUUGGUUACUUCCUCAAUACAUUCUGUUAGGCAUCUCAGACAUUUUCACUGUUGUUGGGAUGCAAGAGUUCUUUUACAAUGAAGUUCCUGUUAGAAUGAGAACCAUGGGCUUUGCACUAUACACAAGUGUUUUUGGGGUGGGAAGCUUCUUGAGUGCCAUAUCGAUUUCACUAGUCGAAAUCUUUACGAGUACAAAAGGAAGGCACAGCUGGUUCUCUGACAACAUGAAUGAAGCUUGCCUAGACAAAUUCUACUGGCUUCUAGCCUUGCUAAGUGCCUUGAGCUUGCUAUUGUACGUAGUUUUGUGCAAGUGUUACAAAAGUAGGACUGAAUUGGAGAAUGAAAACUGUACAUAAGCUCUUUGUUUUUAUUUGGUUUUUUCUCCAUGAGCGAGAAAGUUCUUUGUUUUGAGUUUGACACAGUUUUAGGUAAUUGAAUUUCGUAUCGGUUUGC